GCCGCUGCCGCCACGAUGCUCAUCAAAGUCAAGACGCUGACGGGAAAGGAGAUCGAGAUCGACAUCGAACCCACGGACAAGGUGAGCUCCCAGUUUGGACCACGGGAUUUAACGAGGUGGGCGUGGCUUAACGCUGAGCCGAGUGGGCGUGGCUUGAGGGGGGCGUGGUUUAGACAGCAAAGUGGGCGUGGCCAAAGUGGGCGUGGCCUCUCUGACCCCUCCCCCUCCCCCAGGAACGAUGAGAAGACGGCGGCCGACUACAAAAUCCAGGGGGGCUCCGUCCUCCAUCUUGUCCUGGCCCUUCGGGGGGGCGUGGCCAGGCCCUGAUGGGGAGGAAAAGGGGGCGUGGCCACGCCCAGACCACGCCCCCUCCCUUUCAAGCCACGCCCACUCUUCAUUUCCCUCCCCCCCCGAGCUCCUUUCCCGCCGGUGUCUCCGUUAUUAUUUAAUAAAGGUUCGCUGAUGACGUCAGCAGCGCGUCCAUGACGUCA